UCAGUGGUGUCACUGCACUUGCUUGUGUCGACAUCUAACGUCAGCUAUGUGUUAUUUAAUGUAAUGACAUUUACACGACCAUACUUUUUACACGCUAUAUCCAGUUGUCUGUUUCCAGACAGAUCUCCAGUCCCUGCGUUUACAGAGCUCCCCCUCCCCUCGGGCCCCCCUUUGACCCCACCCCACCCUAAUGAAGACAGCGCGGGAAGCAGACCAGGAAGAGGAGCCUCCACUGGAGAAUGGGGUUAUCCAGACCACCCAGGACCAGCACAGCUCCAUCUCUCCGCCAUCCUCAACAGUGUCUGGGGCCCCGGACGACGAGCCCUUCUCUACAUACUUUGAGGAGAAGGUGCCAAUCCCAGAGGAUGUCACCCAGAUGUUCAGUUUCCGUAAACUCUGGGCCUUUACGGGACCUGGUUUCUUGAUGAGCAUUGCCUAUCUGGACCCAGGGAACAUCGAGUCUGAUCUACAGUCUGGAGCUAAAGCUGGCUUCAAGCUCCUGUGGGUAUUGUUAGGGGCUACCAUCAUCGGCCUCCUCUUGCAGAGGUUGGCUGCACGCCUGGGGGUUGUCACAGGGAUGCACCUAGCAGAGGUCUGCAACCGCCAGUACCCUACUGUUCCUCGUAUUAUCCUGUGGCUGAUGGUGGAGCUGGCCAUCAUUGGCUCAGACAUGCAGGAGGUCAUUGGCUGUGCCAUUGCCUUCAACCUCCUCUCUGUUGGCAGGAUUCCACUUUGGGGAGGUGUCCUCAUCACCAUCAUUGACACCUUUGUGUUCCUCUUUCUAGAUAAAUAUGGCCUGAGAAAACUUGAAGCCUUCUUUGGGUUUCUCAUUACAAUCAUGGCUGUAAGCUUUGGGUAUGAGUAUGUAAUGGUGCGUCCGGACCAGGGGGAGCUGCUGAAGGGGAUGUUUCUGCCGUACUGUGAGGGCUGUGGUCCUGCCCAGAUGGAGCAGGCUGUGGGCAUCGUAGGAGCCGUCAUCAUGCCCCACAACAUCUACCUGCACUCAGCUCUCGUCAAGUCUCGGUCAAUAGAUCGUGGGAACAAGAAGGAGGUGAAGGAGGCCAACAAAUACUACUUCAUCGAGUCGGCUAUCGCUCUCUUCAUCUCCUUCCUCAUCAACGUCUUCGUUGUAGCAGUGUUUGCCGAGGCCUUCUACGAGAAAACCAACAUUGAAGUGAAUGCAAUGUGCAAUGCAUCAGACAGUCCACACACAGACCUCUUCCCCCUGGACAACAGCAGGCUACAGGUGGACAUCUACAAGGGGGGGGUGGUGCUGGGUUGUUUCUUUGGCCCUGUAGCCCUCUACAUCUGGGCCAUCGGGAUCCUUGCUGCAGGACAGAGCUCCACCAUGACUGGCACUUACUCUGGCCAGUUUGUCAUGGAGGGUUUCUUGAAUCUGCGUUGGUCCCGUUUUGCACGGGUUCUUCUCACCCGCUCCAUCGCCAUCUUCCCCACCCUGCUGGUGGCCAUCUUCCAGGACGUGCAGCACCUGACGGGCAUGAACGACUUCCUCAACGUGCUGCAGAGCAUGCAGCUGCCGUUUGCUCUGAUCCCCAUCCUGACCUUCACCAGUCUGACAUCCAUCAUGAAUGACUUCGCUAAUGGACUGGUGUGGAAGAUAGGCGGAGGGGUGGUCAUCCUGGUGGUCUGUGCCAUCAACAUGCACUUUGUGGUGGUCUAUGUGACCAGCCUAAGCAGUGUGGCUCUCUAUGUGCUGGCGGGCUUUCUUUGUAUAGCAUACCUAUGCUUUGUGGGCUACCUGGUGUGGCAUUGUCUGAUAGCCCUGGGGGUCUCCUGUCUGGACGUGUCCUGUCUGGCCAGCAGGAUGCUGACUGGCAACGAUGACAUUUACCUGCUGAAGGACAUGGACAGCGACACGAUGGUGGAGAGAUUAGAAGAAGAACACGUUGGAGGAGUGGUUAUUAACAGUGAUACAGUCCGUAGCUAGAGAGAAUUCACAGGGGUGACCUAACAUGGAGGAUGCAGUGCGCCUCCUGUGCCUUAGUGCCAGCCAGACCUUCGUAAGUGCCCAUCCUCAUCAUCUGACCCUUACAAUAAGCCUUGAACCCCUCACUUGACAUUCCACUAGGCAGGUAGCCUAACUAUGAUUGGCAUUAUAUGAAGGUUAGGCCUAUGAUCAAGUUUACCCCAAUGAAUUGUUGGUUUUUAUCAUGUCGAGCAUGCUUGAUCAACGUGGCACUAUAAAAAUUCUGCAAAUGAGCCAGCUUUUUCACGGAACAGCAUUUUUAUGACUUUGAAAAGCUGUGAUCAUUUUAUAUGGGAAAUACACUGUGUGUAGUGAGUUUGUUACAAAAAAGGCAAUUGUCACCAAUUUAUAUGCAUGUACGUUGUAGAAUUUUUUAAAUUUAUGAACACACAGAGAACUUCAUUUUCGUAAGACUUUAUCAGAGCAAGCACUUAAAGGGCCAAUUCACAAUUGUUACAUCCAUUUUUGAGCGUAUAAAUUAAUGAUAUACACUGAGUACACAAAAUAUUAGGAAGACCUCCCCACAACCCCCUUUGCCUUCAGAACAGACUCAAUUCGUCAGGGCAUGGACAGGAAUGCUGGUACAUGGUGACUCCAAUGCUUCCCACAGUUGGCUCAAUGUCCUUUGGUUUGUGGACCAUUCUUGAUACAUAUGGGAAACCUUUGAGCGUAAAAAACCCAGUAACGCUGCAGUUCUUGACAGACACUGGUGCGCCUGGCACCUACUACCAUAUCCCAUUCAAAGGCACUUGAAUAUUUUGUCUUGCGCAUUCGCCAUCUGAAUGGCACAGAUACAAAAUACAUGUCUCAAUUAUCUCAAGGCUAAAAGUCCUACACUGAUUGAAGUGGAUUUAACAAGUGACAUCAAUAAUAUAUCAUAGCUUUCACCUGGAUUUACCUGCUCAGUCUUUCAUGGAAAGAGCAGGUGUUCUUAAUGUUUUGUAUUCUCAUUGUAUAUCAAUUGUUUCUUGAAGAAUAUUACUUAGAAAUGCCUCAUGACCAUAGUUUAGUCGUACCCCAUCAGAACACAGUACAUCAAAUCUUGGAGGGUCAGUCCUUGCAUCCAUAGCGCGGUCUAUGAAUUUAAGUGGUUACAUUUCUCCAGGCCCAUCCCUCAGCUUUUUAACAAAACAGAGGCGGGGUGUCUCUGUUUCACACUCAAGGUGCUAAUAGAUAAAUAUUUUAGAUUUUGGGUGUAGUCAUUUAAAAUUUUCUACAAAUGUCCUGCUAUUUUGGUCAUUCCCUCCAAAGCACCCCAGUAAAACUAAAGCUUUGGCUUUACAGUGAAAGGCAUAAAAGCAGCCCACAUGCCCAAAUUAUCCCAUUUCCUUAAAAUAAUUUAUCAGGGAAAAUGUUAAUGUGAUACUAACAAUUGUACUGACCUCUUUCUGUGAAUUCAGUGUUUUUGUUAGCACAAAGCUCUACUCAUUGAAAUUCUGUUGAAGUUUAAAUUCAUACCCAAAGCCCAAUAUAAUGAAAGAUGCAGGCCUUUUCUGCUUCUUGACGCGGUCUAUGAAGUUAGAGGUGUCACUGCUAAAUACAGCUCCUGAUGACCAUUGUAAAAUUUACAUAUAUUUAUAGACUGAUAUUUUGAGAGUAGAUCUAUCAUAAAUAGAAGGUAUCUGCGUGUGCAUGAUCACAUCACUUUAGUGAAGUCAUUACCCUGGAUUGUUUUAAUUAUGAAAUGUUCAUACAGAAGUCAUUCACUUGUAUGGUUUACAUGUUUAGAUAUGACAUUUAUUUUUAAUGUGGAAUUAUAUGUACUGUAAAGCCAGCAUUUGUAUUUGGUCAAUUUAACAAUCGCAUAGAUAUCUUGACUUUAUUUUUUAUAUAUCUUUUUCAAAGAAAACUAAAGUAUCAACAGUUUGUGGCUGUUGAGUUUCGCUGGUACCAUACAUUUUUAAUGAAUAAAAUGACAUCAUGCCAUAUAAAAUAACAUUGUUUUUUUGUCACUUUCCAAAGAUAAAUCAUUAAAUACUUUUCACUAAUUUC